GCCGUGGCUGCCGCACGUUUGAAUGUUCCGAGCGCUCGGCGAUUCAAAAUUCGAAAGUUGUAGAUGCGAAUUUGAAAUAAUUCGUAUUUACAAUAAAUAUAGUUUCUGGCCAGUGUGUUUUAUAUUUUUCUUUAAUUUAUUCUCUAAUGUGAAAAAAAAAAUAGUUCAAUACGUUCAGUGCAUAUUUGACUUGAUUGGUUUAAAACUGAACUGAAUCGGAACGUGCUUUUGUGAACGAAUCGUAAUUGAAAUGGACUAAUUAAUUUUGAAAGAUGCAUCAACUGACAGCACCAAAUUGAAUUAGGAACUCAAAAAUGGAUCUGCCCACCACAAUAUACCACAUUUACGAGAUAAGAUGAAUUUGUCAAGAACGAAAAUGAACUUGCUGGAGCCGAGACUUACCAACAAUGCAUGAACUAGUAUACUUCCAUCCUCCCGAAAAUGUUGAUACAGAGUAUAACAUUUGGGAUAUCCCGGCCAAUGAUUCGGAAUACAAUGUUACAGAUUCGAAUAAUACUUAUAAUAAUAUAACAGGGAAUUUCGAUGACAGCUUUGUGAACAAUUGGUGGGCUUUGGUCGCUUUGGUGCUGGUUGUCUGUACGGCCGCUGGAAAUGUUCUGGUCUGUCUCGCUAUAUAUUUGGAGAGGAGACUCCAGAAUGUCACCAAUUACUUCUUGAUGUCAUUGGCUAUUACGGACUUGUUGGUUGCAAUAUUAGUGAUGCCUCUUGGUAUUCUGACGUUGGUUCGAGGUUAUUUCCCGCUACCCGCUGUGUAUUGCUUGACUUGGAUUUGUCUCGACGUGCUUCUGUGUACGGCCUCUAUCAUGCACCUUUGUACAAUAAGUGUUGACAGAUACCUCUCCCUGCGUUACCCGAUGAGGUUUGGCAGAAACAAGACAAGAAAAAGGGUGACAGUGAAAAUCGCUUUCGUCUGGAUACUGUCUACAGCCAUGAGUCUUCCACUGAGUCUUAUGUAUUCAAAGAAUGCCGAUACAGUCCUCAUCGAGGGCUCCUGCCAGAUCCCUGAUCCACUAUACAAGGCCAUCGGAUCCAUCAUUUGCUUCUACAUACCGCUGGUCGUCAUGCUUCUCACCUACGCAUUGACCGUUCAACUGCUGGCACGGCAGAGGAAAGGCCUCGGCGCUGGAUGGGCAGCGAACUGGCUCGGUGCGCCUCAAAUGGAACGCCGAUGUACAUGGAGAAGAUUCCUCGGCCCUAGAAGUGGUACUCCGCAACAUUCAGCUGCCUCCACUGAAACGGAACUACCACCAAUUGAUACUAGGGACCUAUGGCUACAAGAUUCGAGCGAGCCAGCUCCGUCAGCAAUGACAGCACUACAUCAAUUCGGAGCUGAGAUGUUGCGCCUCUCUCGUGGCUUGGAAGCUUCCGCAACAACAAAACCGCCGUACCGAGGGACGAACAUAUCUGAACGCGGAGGUAUGCUGACGCCUGGUUCUUUGAGCGUAUCUUCAAGUUCACCAUCGUCGAUGUUACCAGAUCGACGGCGACCUUCGUCUACGUGUGAUCCAAAUACCCCAUUACAUAGGCCUCGAAGCGCUUCUGACGACGAAAGUAAUGAUGGUCUUCUAGCACCGACGACACUAACUUCCAAGUCACGAAGUUCAGAAGAUGGUCUCCUUCUCCCCCCACCUUGCACGUGCCCUUACUUUGGAACAGAGUCUACCCCUCCCAGACGUACAACAGAGGUAAUAAUUGUCUCAGGCGGCGAUAUAAAUGGUUGUAAUGGAUAUCCUCGUAACGGAAACUUAAAAGCCGAUGAGUCAGGUCAAUAUUUUAGACGCUCAAGUCGUGGUAACGCUUCAAUGGUGACGUGGGAUGAAGCUAGACGAUUUAGGCGUGGCUCCAGUUUUGGAGGAGCCAGAACGACCCUGUCAACUCCUAUUAGAAAUAUUAGAACUCAAAGACCGGCAACCCGACCGCAGCAACCAGUAACGUCUAGUCCUCAACGGCAGACACCGAGACCGCAUCAUUCCAGAAACUCGAGCGUAAUUUCUAGAAACUCAUCACGUCACGGUCGAAUAUUAAGAUUAGAACAGAAAGCAACUAAAGUGCUCGGUGUGGUGUUUUUUACAUUUGUUGUACUUUGGGCGCCGUUUUUCAUUUUGAACAUGAUACCCGCUGUAUGUCCGGAAUGUGAAAGAAGAAUCUCGCCGUGGGUUUUCGAUUGCGUACUGUGGUUGGGGUACGCUAGUUCUAUGGUGAAUCCUAUUUUCUAUACUAUUUUCAAUAAGGUGUUUAGGCAAGCUUUUAAGAAAGUACUGUUGUGUCAGUAUUGUAAAUCUAGAAGAUAGCCAGCACCCUGGGAGCGCGUGCGUCCAUCUUCGGACCCUGGUCUAGGCGCGCUCUCAGUGAAUAGAAAUAUCAGAUCUCAAUUUGUGUGAAACACUGUCGAGCUUUAAAUAAUACGAUUUUAGCCUAAUCCGCAUUGAUGUUCCUUAGUGAUAUUAAUACAUAUAAUAGUAGUAAUUUCUCACUAUAUGUCUAUUUUUUUAAACAAAUUCAUAAGUUAUUUGUUACUAGCCAUAUAUUCCGGUUUUAUCCGAGUAAAUUAGGAUAAAAUCUUAUGUGACAAUUCAGAAUAUGAUCCAGUAUAUAGUAUUUAUCAAGUUUCACUCAAAUUUGUUUAACCAUUUAUACGUAAUUGGGUAAUAAACAUCCAAAUUUCUUUCGUAUUUAUGGUAAUAGUAGUAUGAAGCAGCGCACAAACGUAUUACCUUCUAACCUCAUACAUACAAAUGCAUAAGUAUAGCUGGUUUAUUUCUCUCAGCUUUUCAUCGUUUCUUUCUGAAUAUGAUUCUUUUUUUCAAAAAUAGCAGAAUUUAAAAUUAAAAUACAUAUGAACAGCAGGUGUUAUUGAAAAAUACAUAUAUGUGCUUAUAUCACUGCUUAAUUGAAAUAAUCUGUAUUACAAAUUAAUGUUAUUGAUUUUUUUUUAGAUAUUCCUUUCAUUAAUUGUCAGCUUCCUUUUCUAGUCAACAAUAUAAAAUAUCUAGUUCAAUUAUAUGCAAGUAUUACGAAUCUUAUGCUAGGGUUUUAAUUAUAUUAUUAAGUUAAUUUAAUUAUGUAAAUAUUAAUCAAAAGAAAUUAAUUUUAUUUUGUAAUAAUGUGGGUAGUUAAAAUUUUCAAUAUUAAAGAAAGAGUAAAUCAAUGAUUAUGCGUAAACUCUGAAUAAUUUGCACUACAGCAAUAUACAUAAUUAUUUUUCGUCUAAUAACCUGUUAUUGUAUUAAAUAUUUUUUUUAAAAAUCUUUAAUUAAAUGUAACUGUAGCAUCAAAUAAACAUUUUAUCUACUAAACUAUUCAACACGAGAGAUAGUUUUUAUAAAACAAUUUUAUUUUCUGCCAUAGUAAGACUAUUUAUUAUAUGAACUGACCGAUCACAAAUAAAUACUAACAUGGCAGACAUAACAGAGUUCAAGUUAUUAUUACUUUUAUCUGGCCCGCACAAAAUGGCAGAGUUUUGAGCUAUUAUUUUAACUAUUUAUCUUCAUAAUAGCUAGUUAUUCAUAAUUUGGCUAGUUAUUCCUACUCGCCUCCACAUAAGCAUAGGAUCAGACCUAUCACGAUUGGAUAAAAAAAAUAUAUUACGAUGUUUGCCCGGCGUAAAAUAACAGAUUUUUAUUUUGAGUAAUCUCAUCUUUAGUGUCGAAGAACCAAAAUUUCAUAUCUAAUAUUCCAUAUUACGGUGGUAAUAUAGAAAGCUAUUCAUUUGUAAUAAUUUCAAACUAACAAACCUAAUUACAUUGUGAAUAUUCUAAAUUAAUGUAAAAUGAGUCGCGACAAAUUAUGAAUAAAUUUAUCAAGAUUAUAACUGUUUGUUAAAGUUUAAUAUAACUUUAAAUUGUAAAUUUGUCAUCUAAAUGUUACAUAUCUGAAUAAAUAACUGUUAUUUGGCAUUAUCAUUGUAUUUUGAUUUAAUAAAAUAACAAUAAUAUUAUCUUUUAUAUAAGAUAUAAAGAAAUAGAUGUUAUUCAAUUCAGAUUUUCAGAUUCCAAAUGAUAUGUUUUGUAUAUAAAUUGUGUCAUAUUUAUGUAAAUUAUUAAAUUAAUUGGGUAAUUGUUUUUAAUUUAAAGAAUUUACUAAAUAUGUUACUUAAUAGCUAUAACCAACUUAAUGCAAUUAGUUAUUAUGAAACAAAAUUCUUAAUAAUUGUAUGUCCAUUUAUAAAUGACUUUGAAUCAGUUUUAAUUAGUAUUAUUUUAAAUUAACAAAGUUUACUCAAAUAUUAAUUACCUGUUAAUAUAUUUAAAAACAAUAACCAUCAAUUAUAGAGUCUGCCAACUUUGUUUAUAGGUAUGUUUUUAUGUAUAUUUUUAAAUAAUUUAUUUCAUAAGCGGCUCGGAUAUACAAAGUACUUACUAGCUUGAUGAAAAUUAGAUUUUAUUAUAUUGUGUUAAUUACCUCAACGCUGUAUUUUUAAUUUUAAAUUCAAACAAAGUCAGAUGGUAUUAAAAUGGCUUUUUAAAUCUUCUGAUCUCGUAAUUUCCGUCCCUUGUUAUGGAAACGUCAGACAGACUCGGAAAUUUUAUAACCCAUAAAACAGUAUGGAAUUUAUAUUUUUGUCUCCUCAGUAAUUCGAAAUAUAUUGGACAUAUGAUAUUAUUACUAGGUCAUAUAUAUUAAAGAAACACAAACUUUUAUCUUUAUAUUAACUACAGUUGAUGUUUUAAUAAAAAUGUGAUAGUUCAGUUUGCAAAAAUAUUAAUUUACAACUUUAUUCUAUUUUUGUUUGUAGGUCAAAAUAAAGAGUAUAAUUUUUGUGCACAGCACCAGACAUAACUGGCUGAACAGCAUAUACUAUUUUAUGAUUCCUUUAAAAAAGGUAAUUCCGAAAAAAAUUAAAAUAAAAUAAUACUAUUAGCGAAAUUUUUCAAAUAGUUUGUACAAAAUAUAUUUAAAUUUAUUUUUUAUUUUAUUUAUGAACAUCUACAUUUUCCGGACGUUUUUAAAUGGAUUAAUAACAGACUUUGUAGUAUUGAAAUAGUAUUUAGCUCAGAAUGUUACUUUUUAAAAUUAUUUUAUAACUCAUUUUUAAAUAAUAAUUAUCUUAAUGUGUAAUAUAAAAUUUAUGAUGUAACUUAUUGAGUUAAAUGUAUCUUAUUGUAAAUACGUACCUUAAUGUAAAUAAUAUUACAAUAAUAAAGAUGUUUCGUAACUUAAAAGUAAGAAACAACUAACUUAAAAUAAUAAAACGAUAU